AUGAGCACCUUUGGCAGCCCAGGAAAGCUGCCGUCGACGAGGCCGACGCCGCCGCAACGUGGAAGCUUCCCGCUGGACCACGAUGGCGAGUGCAAGCAUGUCAUGACCGAGUACCUGGCGUGCAUGAAAAAGGUGCGCGGGCUCAACGACAACGAGUGCAGAGACCUGGCCAAGGCCUAUCUCUCAUGCAGGAUGGACCGGAACCUCAUGGCCAGGGACGAGCUCAAGAACCUGGGUUUUGCGGAGCAGCAAAAGGCCCCGCCGGCCGACAAGCCCGCAGAGGCCGAAAAGGGCGUCAAAGGCGAGUUGAGGUGGUGA